AUGGAUAGGUGGAUAGGUAAAGUUGCUGUUGUGACCGGUGCCUCUUCCGGUAUCGGUGAAAAGAUUGCUAUAAAGUUGGUCAGUCAUGGAAUGAAAGUGGUUGGUUGUGCAAGAAAUCAGGAAAAACUGAAACAAAUUGCAUCGGAAAUCAACGAAAAGGAAAUGUUUAAAUUUGUGAAGGAAAAAUUUGGAACCAUGCAUGUGAUGGUUAAUAAUGCUGGGUUAGGUCACUUCACAUCAUUAACGUCUGGAAAAACUGAGCAAUGGAAAGAAAUGCUUGAUGUUAAUGUUCUUGGGUUGUCAAUUUGCACACGAGAAGCGAUUCAAUUGAUGAAGGAAACUAAUGUAGAUGACGGUCAUGUAAUUAACAUAAACAGCAUGUCUGGUCAUAGACUGUCAAUUCUAAAUUUCUAUUCCGCAACCAAGUUUGCUGUGACUGCUUUGACUGAGGGAACAAGGAAAGAAUUGCGUGAAACAGACUCUCAAAUCAAGGUUACUGCCAUUUCACCUGCAUUGGUAAAAACCAACUUCAAUUACAGAGUUUAUCCGGAUGAUCCAGAUCGGGCAACAACGCGCUAUGCGAGCAUGGAAUGUCUUAAACCAGAUGACAUAGCAGAUUCCGUCCUCUUUGCAUUGCAAGCUCCACCACAUAUGGAUGUAAAUGAUAUUUACAUUCGCCCCACACAACAGAAGUCAUAA